AUGAAGCGUUUCGGCGCCAAAGUCCUCUCGCGAGGCAAGGACAGCAAGUCCUCUAAGAAGAACAAGGAUUCCAAGGAUGGAACAGCGUCGCCGAAUGCCGCCGCUACAAACCAGUCGCCCGUCUUGACCCCGUCGUCCUCUACCUCGACCCUCAACGAUAUCCGUAACAAGCCGUUGCCUACUAACAGUGCCUCCCACGUCGACCACGCAGCGUUGGCUGCGCAAGCCCAACUCAACAAUGGCGGGAACGCUGCUCUACCGGAUAGAUUUAACACCGGUGGUCCCGGACAAGGCGCCAAUGGCGGCGGAACACCUGCGAGGCACGGGCCCUUACCCCCGACCGUUAUAAUCAGCCCGAGCGCUCCGCAUGUGCCGCCACCCGGUGCUGCUGAGACCAUGCCGCACGAUCUCGCCCCCCCCAAGGCGGGCCAGAAGUCAUUGAUGUAUGACCGCCUGCAACAGACCCCUAAGGAUGUCUUGGAAGGGCCCAAGACGCCGAGGCGGCAGCAUUCGUCCCGCUUCGACAUCUCUGCCCACCGUGAGCUCGAGAAGCUCCCCGGCUUCCACGAGGUCCCGCCCGGACGCCGAGAGGACCUUUUCAUGAAGAAGAUCGAGCAGUGCAACGUCAUUUUUGACUUCAAUGAUGCCAGCGCCGAUAUGAAGUCUAAGGAAAUCAAGCGCUUGGCUCUCCACGAGCUGCUGGACUAUGUCGCCAACAACCGGCAAGUCAUCACGGAACCCAUGUACCCGGUCGUUGUUGCUUCGUACUUCAGCUCCUUGAGCUGUUCGAUUCUGAAGAUCCGCGAGGAACGAGACUUCUUGAAGACUACUUUGCACCGCAUAUACGGCAAAUUCCUCAACCUUAGAUCUUUUAUCCGCCGUUCCAUCAACAACGUUUUCUUCCAGUUCACCUACGAAACUGAGCGGUUCAAUGGCAUCGCCGAGCUUCUCGAGAUCCUCGGUUCCAUCAUCAACGGCUUUGCCCUCCCUCUAAAGGAGGAGCACAAGCUCUUCCUGACGAGGGUUCUGAUUCCUCUCCACAAGGUGAAGAGCUUGAGCAUGUACCAUCCUCAACUCGCCUACUGUAUUGUGCAAUUCCUAGAGAAGGAUGCUUCGCUGACAGAAGAGGUUGUGCUUGGUCUCCUGCGGUUUUGGCCCAAGGUCAACAGCACCAAAGAGGUCAUGUUUCUCAACGAGGUUGAGGACAUCUUUGAAGUCAUGGACCCGGCCGAAUUCGCCAAGGUCCAAGAACCUUUGUUCCAUCAACUGGCGAAAUCCGUGGCGAGUCCCCACUUCCAGGUCGCCGAACGUGCGCUCUACUUCUGGAACAACGAGUACUUCUGCAACCUGGUCAGCGACAACGUCGAAAUCAUUCUACCGAUCAUGUUUGCGCCGCUCUACGAGAAUUCCAAGGGUCACUGGAACAGGACGAUCCAUGGCAUGGUCUACAACGCCAUGAAGCUGUUCAUGGAGAUCAACCCUCAACUAUUCGACGACUGCUCGCACGAGUAUACCGAGCAGCAGAAUAGCGCCGCCUCGAGGGAAGCCCUUCGCCAGAGGAAAUGGGCCGCCAUCCAGGACCAAGCCAACCGCAGGAAAUCAACGAAUGGGUCGACUGCCGCUGUCGUGACGCCACCGCCAAGGAUGGCUGCGAGCUCACUACCGAGGGUCGACGAGGUGGACGCCGCCGAAGACAACCAGAAGAGACUGAACUCGCUCAAGAUGGAUGCUCUGGCGCCGGCAUCUCAGUCUCGCUUUGUUGCCUCCCUACCCUAG